UCUGGCGAGGAGCUGAAUGUCUGAAGCCAAAAAAAAAAAAAAACACCUCCAAAGUAGAUUCGUAAAGUGAAUUAGCAGCGAGAACGGAGUGUGAGCGGAGUGUGAGCUGCGGUGCUCUGUGUGUGUGUGUGUGUGUGUGUGUGUGUGUGUGUGUGUGUUUGUGUGUGUGUGUUACUGGUUGUGAUCACUCAACUCACUCUGUGGCCUGCUGAUCCUCUGACUCCUUCGUCCUAAAUUGUGCUCACAUUGACACACAAACACACAUUGAGACGCACACAAACACAGUAUGAAUGAGGUUAGCGUGGUCCGAGAAGGUUGGCUCCACAAGCGAGGUGAAUACAUUAAGACAUGGAGGCCACGGUAUUUUAUCCUGAAGAGUGAUGGGUCAUUUAUCGGUUAUAAGGAGAAACCUGACGUGUCCGAGCCAAACCUUCCCCCCCUCAACAACUUUUCUGUAGCAGAAUGCCAGCUGAUGAAGACGGAGCGACCACGUCCCAAUACCUUUGUUAUUCGCUGCCUUCAGUGGACGACGGUUAUUGAGAGAACGUUUCAUGUGGACAGUAAUGCUGAGAGGGAGGAGUGGAUCCGGGCGAUCCAGGCUGUAGCAAAUGGACUGAAGACACGAGAGGAGGAGGAGCCGAUGGACAUAAACUUCAGCUCAACAGGAGACAGCAGCAUGGAUACUGCUACGGCAAAAUCACGCAACAAAGUGACCAUGAGUGACUUUGACUACCUGAAGCUACUGGGUAAGGGCACAUUUGGGAAAGUCAUCCUGGUCAGAGAGAAAGCAACAGGUGUGCAUUAUGCCAUGAAGAUCCUGAGGAAGGAGGUCAUCAUCGCUAAGGAUGAGGUGGCGCACACAGUCACAGAGAGCCGGGUGCUGCAGAACACCAGACACCCCUUCCUCACGACACUAAAGUAUGCGUUCCAAACACAUGACCGACUCUGUUUUGUCAUGGAGUAUGCUAAUGGAGGCGAGCUGUUUUUCCACCUGUCCCGUGAACGCGUUUUCACGGAAGAUCGAGCACAGUUUUAUGGAGCUGAAAUUGUUUCUGCGCUUGAGUAUCUGCACUCACGAGAUGUUGUCUACCGAGACCUGAAGCUGGAGAAUCUAAUGCUGGAUAAAGAUGGACACAUUAAGAUCACAGAUUUUGGUUUGUGUAAGGAAGGAAUUACCAAUGAAGCCACCAUGAAGACCUUCUGUGGAACUCCAGAGUACCUUGCUCCUGAGGUACUGGAGGAUAAUGAUUACGGACGGGCAGUAGACUGGUGGGGUUUGGGUGUGGUCAUGUAUGAAAUGAUGUGCGGUCGACUGCCAUUUUAUAAUCAGGACCAUGAGCGUCUGUUUGAGCUUAUCCUCAUGGAGGAGAUCAGAUUCCCCCGAAACCUGUCACCUGAUGCCAAGAGCCUGCUUGCUGGCCUGCUCAAGAAAGACCCUAAACAAAGGUUGGGAGGAAGUAUUGAAGAUGCCAAAGAGGUGAUGGCUCACAAGUUUUUCUCCUCCAUCAACUGGCAGGAUGUACUGCAGAAAAAGCUCACCCCUCCUUUUAAGCCUCAGGUGACAUCAGAGACCGACACUCGCUACUUUGAUGAGGAGUUUACUUUGCAGACCAUCACUGUCACACCGCCUGACCAGUAUGAUAGUUUGGAUGCGGAGGACUCGGAUGCACGCACACAUUUCCCUCAGUUCUCUUACUCUGCCAGCGUACGGGAGUGAUGGAGAGACCAACAUCGACACACACGCACACACACUCUCUCUCUCUCUCUCUCUCUCUCUCUCUCUCUCACCAGCAAACCAGAUAUCACCUACACCUACAGUCACACACACUGUCUCACCAGCAACCUGGACACCAUGCUAGCAUCCAUUCAUACACACACACUUACCAGCAAACUGGAAACUGUAUACACACACACACACACACACACACACACACACACACACACACACACACACACACACACUGUCACCAGCAAAUCGAACACCACGGCAACUUGCUCACUGCGAUCAGCAGUCUGUUGACUAGUGAAGGCCUCAUUAAACUGAGCCUGAUCCAGA